GCUCACGCGCAGCGCUGCCAGACCUUUACUUUUUUUUUAAUUUAUUUUUUUCCAAUCAAACGUGACCGUUUCCCAUUUUCCCCCGACAGUCGACCUCCUGCAGGGGUUUCAACACAGACAUCUUGUCUUGCGGGCUCUCCGAAAGCAGACGACCACCCGAGCCCCCUUUUUUUUACCACCUCACCGCCGACAACAUGCAAUCACGGAUCCGCAGAUGCAGGCGAUGAGACCGGGGAGGGCAGGGGGGGUGGGGGGGGGUGAAGUAACAGGCUGCCGCUGCGGACACACCGGGAGAAACUUUUCUUGUGCCCGCUGAACUGUGACCGCUGCUGUUUGCGUCUUGUUUAUUUUUAAUUGUUCUACCUCUCCUCAUUGCGCGCCACGUACCUCUCACUUGUAUUCCGCGCGUGCAUCUGUGGCACCUCCCCGCCCCUCCACAGAUCUGGUCUCCCCCCCCCCUCCCCCUUCGUACCUUACAAGCUGCACCAUGCAUUGACCCCGCGCCUCCUCGCCAGUAUAGUUAGAGCUGGGCCCCGAGGUUCUUCCUCCUUCCCCAUCGGAGUACACCAACACACUCCCCACCAACACCACCAACCCUCCAUAACUCAGUUUGGACUGCGCGCCGCGCGUCAUGCCGCGACACCUGAAGCGCACCUCGGUUCCGUUGCAGGACCGCAGGGUUCCUUUGUAACUGGAUCUACUUUCGUUUUUUUUGUUCUGGAGGGCGAGAAGUUCCUGCUUUCCACGUCUCAGGAGAACACUUGCAAAGAGGAGACGAGCGGAGAAAAGGCGAAGGUGAGCAGCAGCGACAGAAGGGAGGAAGGAAGGGAAGGAGGAGUGGGGAGGGAUCGUCUUGAAGAGUGCAACUUCGGCUACUUGUAGAUGUUCGACCAGGCCACGACUAUGGGCGAUGGGAACCACCGCUGUGGACCCAACCCGCUGUGUCCCGAGCGGAUGGAGACAAAGUGCCGCGCCGAGAUGGGGAGCCGGUCCCCUGCUCAGAGCACCACGGACACCCCGGGGACAUCGGCGUCCACCCCGACGUCGUCCAGCGAAGACGGACACGACAAACUUUUGGGAGUGGACCCGGACUACUGCCGGAGGAUACUAGUAAGGGACGCCAAAGGCACCAUCCGGGAGAUCGUGUUGCCGAAGGGCCUCGACCUGGACCGGCCCAAGCGCACGCGCACCUCCUUCACCGCCGAGCAGCUGUACCGCCUCGAGCUCGAGUUCCAGCGGUGCCAGUACGUGGUGGGCCGCGAGCGCACCGAGCUCGCGAGGCAGCUGAAUCUCUCCGAGACACAGGUCAAGGUUUGGUUCCAGAACCGGCGGACCAAACAGAAGAAGGACACCACCAAGGACUCCGACAAACGCUCCUCCUCCUCCAACGAGUCGCUGGCCACCUGCAACAUCCUGCGCCUCCUGGAGCAGGGCCGCCUCCUCUCGGGCCCCGUCCCGCAGCCCAACUCCCUCCUGGGGCCUCCGCACCCGGGCAACGGCUCCCUGCUGAGCAGCCCGGGCGGGGGCUCCUCCGCCUCCCCGGGGAACAGCAGCAGCACCCCUCCCAACUCCCUGGCGGGCGGGACGUUCGGGCUGUCGCUGCCCUCGCUGGGCGGCACCCCGCCCUCACCGCGGCUGGGCCUCCCGCCGCCGCACUCCCUGUGCUUCUCCAUGCCGCUGCUGGGGGGCGCCCAUCACGAACUGACGUCCGCCUACGGCUGCGGCUCUUCGGCCUUUGAGCCGUACAUGCGGCUGGACAGGAAGGAGGCCGAUCUGGGGGGGAAGAAGACGGUUUCCUAAGCAGCGCGGACGUUUUCUGGGACACCGCGGGGACCGGGACUCGUCCUGGACGGAGGGCUGUCCCCUUCCCCCUCAGACGGUCCACCGUGCGGCCCGUUUGGCGUUUGAGCAACGAGGAGAGGGGUGGGGGGGGGGGGGUCGUGUUAAAUGUGAACAAAGGAGGAGAACCGAUUCUGUGGGGCACCAUUUUGUGCCGGAGAACUGUCGGCCCUCAAAAUGGUGAAAAAGUGACUCGCACCACAUGACCAUGUGAAAAAAAAAGAAAAGAAGAAAAAAAAAAAACGUGUGAAUUUUUGCAGAAAUGCCGUGUGGAGGUUUGGCGUGAAACCUGACCGACAGAUGUUUUUAUCACCACUCUCUUUGCAGUGGUUUCAAGUGACUCUUCACUUUUCGUCCAGUGAGUUUGUGUGUGUGUGUGUGUGUGUGGUUUUCUCUCUAUAAAGGCCCUUCUUUUACUGUUCAGGAAGAAAAAGAAAAAGAAAUUAUAAUACUUGACAUAGAUAGCUCGGAUCGAAUCAGAGUCGGAUGAAUGAGCGGAGAGGCGUUUCAAAGACAGAGGUUUGUACACUUUUCAGAACAAGUGGCCAUGUUGGAUUUUUAGUUCAUGUGCAAUCACAAUAUGGAAGAAACACAAAAAAAAA